AUGAAGGAAAAGACUUAUCUGGUGGACAUAUCUGCAAAGGUUGCUGGGGCUUUUGCUGAAGCUGUAGAAACUGCAUAUAAAGCCACCCUCUCUCCCACGGCUUCCCCACCCAGUUUAAAAGCAUUAGAAUUGGCACCGCCUAGGAAAAUGUCACAGACUCAGGGCUGUCUGUUGGUGUCACCAGAAGGCCUGAGAAUCCAGCUGGUAGAGGAAGGUGUGCAGCAUGCAAAGACUGAUGUCAUUGUCAACUCCAUUCCCUUGGAUCUUGCACUCAACAAAGGACCCCUUUCUCAAGCCUUAUUGGAAAAGGCUGGGCCAGGCCUCCAGGAGGAAUUGAUUGAAGCAGGACAAGGGAUCGCUGUCAGUGCGGGCACAAUUCUACAAACCUGUGGCUAUAAUCUGAACUGCUGCCAUGUAUUUCAUGUGGUGGUUCCAGACUGGGAAGUCAACAACAGCGCAUGGUCCCUGAAUAUCAUGAAAAACAUCAUCAGAGACUGUCUGAGGAUGGCCGAGGAGCAGUCUCUGCAAUCAAUUGGAUUUCCAGCAAUAGGAACAGGAAUUCUGGGGUUUCCUAAACCCAAAUUUGCUAAAUUAAUAAUCUCAGAAGUGCUCAAAUUUAGUAGCAGGAACCUGAAAACUUUACAGGAAGUUCAGUUUCUGUUGCACCCAAAAGACCAAGACAACAUUAAGGCAUUUUCAGAUGAAUUUGACAGAAGGAGUAAUGGAAACCCUACCGGCAAAAGUCCCAAGGCUAAAGACACACAAGGUUAUUACGGGAGUCUUUCCAGUCCUACUUCAGGAGUUCAUGAAAUGAAUAUUGGCCCAAUUCUCUUCCAAGUGGCCACAGGGGACAUCACCCAAGGAAAAGCAGAUGUGAUUGUCAAUUCAACAUCAAACACAUUUACUCUCAAAUCAGGGGUGUCCAAAGCAAUUUUGGAAGGUGCAGGACAAAAUGUGGAGGCAGAGUGUUCUGUCUUGGCUCAACAGAACAAGGAGUAUAUAGUUACUGAAGGUGGAUUACUGAAAUGCAAGAGUAUUAUUCAUGUUGUUGGUGAUAAUGAUGUCAAGAGAUCAGUUUCCUGUGUGUUGGAAGAAAGUGAACAAUGUAACUAUAAAUCCAUUUGCCUACCAGCCAUUGGCACAGGAGAUGCUCAACAGGACCCAGAUGCAGUUGCUAAGGCCAUAAUGGAUGCCAUUGAAGAAUUUAUCCAGAAAAAAGCAGUGUGGUCUGUGAAGAAAGUGAAAGUUGUCAUCUUCCAGCCCCAUAUUCUGAAAAUUUUUUAUGACAACAUGAAAGACAGAGAAGUCUCCCUGCCUCCUCCCCAGACAUCUAUGCUGUCUAAGAUCGCCUCCUUUCUUGGCUUUUCAAAGCAUGCUCCCCCCAAAAAAACAGAACACUCUGUUUUUAGAGAAGAAAAUAGAGCAGACAGUUUUCCAACUGAAAUCCCUGUAAAUUGGAGUGACAUGAAGCAGAAGAAAUUGGUUGAGGUCAUUCUGCAACCCAGUAGUCCUGAAUAUAACAUGGUGGCAAGCAAGUUCAACCAGACCUGCACAAACUUUACCAUAGAGAAUAUCAAAAGGAUCCAGAAUCCAUCUCUCUGGAGGAGGUACCAGGCAUACAAAAAAGUUAUGGAUGAAAAGAAUGGUCAUGAAAGAAAUGAGAGCCAGCUCUUCCAUGGGACAGAGGCUAGCUGUAUCCCACACCUCAACAGCAACGGGUUUAACCGUAGCUACGCUGGGAAGAACGCUGCAUGGUAUGGUAAAGGAACCUAUUUUGCUGUCAAUGCUUCCUAUUCUGCCGAUGACGUAUACUCUAAACCAGAUGCCAAUGGGGAAAAGCACAUGUACUAUGCACGGGUUCUCACUGGGAACUACACAGUUGGAAACUCAUCACUGAUUGAGCCUCCUUCAAGGGACCCUCAAAAUCAUGACUUGUAUGACACUGUCGUAGAUAAUGAUCAAAAUCCAAGUAUAUUUGUAGUGUUUUAUGACAAUCAAGCAUACCCAGAGUAUCUUAUCACGUUUAGGCAGUGAUACUUCAGGGCGCCUUCCAAGAUAAAAUCGAGUUCAUGUAUCUGCUGUAAGACAAAUGUUAGCUGUUUUCCUCCUUAAGCUUUCUGUAAGAGCACAACAAGGUCUUUCAUGGACACGCCAUGGACAUGUUUCCUCAGCUGUUCCUCCAUGGUGGAAAUGAAUCGUCUUGAAAGCCAAUCAAUUUGAGAAUUUAACCAGAUUAACAGCUGUGGCCAUGCUAUUUCUAAUGUGACAGUAACACCCUCACAGACUUUCAGAAAGCCAUGCAAUCCCAGCUACCACCAAUGGAAUCAUGUCAGAGUGCACUGGUGCCAUGGGGAUGCACAGUGUCACUGAGCCAGUAAGGCUGCUAACUGCCAACUGAACAGAUUCCACAGCAGAGAGCCUCUUUCUUCACCAACAACCCCGCCAUGUGGGUUGGACAGCUCCAGCCAGGGCUGUGCAUAAACUGGGUGCUGGGAUGUCGCUCCUGGUCUGUGUGAACUGAGCCCCAGGGAGGGGCACAGCUCAGAAGCCCUGGCCCCAAGUGCUCGAGGCCCUUUUUAAUGUUAACCCAGUG